AUGAUAAAGUUGUUAAUUUUCGUUCUUGUGUCUUAUAUUUCAACUCAACAAGCACCAAACUUACCGAAUGUCAUUCUUUCCGGAGAGCCGAGAGUUAUAUCGAGGAGAAUACUUCAUGUCGAUUUGAGAACAGCUGAACAACUGUCGCAUCCAGAUCAUCCCGAAUACACGAGACAACGAGUGAAUGUGAGACAAGAACCGUCUCCAACAUCUGGAGACUCUCCUUGUAAUAUGCAAACAAAAUUGAGACCCGUCACGGUCUACAAAAGAAUAUUAAGACCAGCGAGGGUUGUUGGAGGCGGAAUUGAUCCAAGUAGCUUGCAACCGACUGGAGAAGCGAUUGAAGUGGAAACAUGGACUAGUAUCCGACAAGGACCACAGAAUCAGCAAGAAUUCCGGAAUCAAGAAGGUUCACAAAAUCAACAACAAGGAACAUCUUGUAAAUAA